AUGAGCGGGGCCGCCUCCAUGGACGAGGCGGUUCGCGAGCUGCAGGUGAAGCAGUACGAGCUUUCCAAAACCUCCUUACCAUCGGGAUGCAGUCUUCGGGGGAAGAGCUCUGUCUUGGAGAGAAUUUCUCGCGUCCGUCUCUCAACGGACAACGCGCGUUCCGUGACAGAGAUUAUGCUGCACCGACGACUCGCACCUGACGCGAAGAUCACAUAUGAAUCUCUCUCAUUAGAUAGUGGACAGGAAACUCUUUUCACCAGCGAUGUCAAGCCAGAAGAGAAGGCCAACGUGACACGGAAAGGCUAUGUGCUUAAAGUCGAGAUUGACGGUUCUAAGUAUCCUGACAUGACCUUGAUCGAGCUUCCAGGACUUCGCAUCCCUGACAAAGACGAAAGCUCAGAGGAGGAUACUUUCGUUCACGUCCUUGCUGAGAAGUACAUGAAGAAUAAUGCCAGUCUUAUCCUCGCUGUCGUCAGAGCGAAGAUUGGUUGCUAA